GUAAUGCAUCGUUGGCCUUAUAUGCAGACGCAUGCACAUUACGCAUCAUGGGGCCAUAUAUACGCCGCAUAAGUAUAUAUAUAGUCCAGCACAAGCGCCAGCGCGGUACUCAUGAUAAGCGGGAUAGCAAUUCUCUUAACAAAGCCAGAGCAUAAAUCGAAGGCUAAACAGCGAGCCAUCAUCCUUGUCAGUGGGUGCGUGCCAUCGUCAAACAGAAUCUUUGAAUGAUCCGGUGAGCAGGUACAGCUGCCUGCUGCUGCGCUCAGUAUGCGUUGAUAUAACUGGCGUAUAAAGAUUUGAUGAAGGCCCACGUAACGCUCUCCCUCAUCCCUGCAUGUGCACCUUAGAGUCCUUCGAUCGGCUGGCGUUUUUAUCAAUAUUCGCGCACCUUUCAAUGCCGGUAUUCAUCCCCUGAACAACGUAGUUAUGAUCGUCACGUCCGUGAACCUUUCCCACUGUUGAUACAAACGCUAACCCUUUUAGCCGGUAUGGUGGAUAUGCGCUUACGUUAGGCAGGUCGGGGUCUGUGUAAAGGGACGUCGUUUCCGCAUCUGCACCCAGGCUCAAUCAAGUUCACCGAUUGGGUUUUUAUCCACAAACAUGGUGAGAUCACCGCACGGAAAAUAAAAUUAUGGAUCAUAUCACCUACCUGUCCGCCUGGUCCUUCCCAGCAAACAGCGUCUUUCACCACAUACUCAUGAUAUAAGUGAUUUAAGCACAAUAAGUUUCUUGCUGUGAUGGGACAUAAUUACCUACAGUACGUGUUAUCUAACACAGUGAUAAUAUAAUAAAACCUUCGUAAUGUGUACUGAUCGAUCGGGGUCUACCGCUGUUGCAAAAUUUAUCUUGGGAAAAGUGAGACGCGGGAAGGCUGGAAAGUAUAAUUUGUCUACCUGGAAAAGUUUGUUCUUGGCUAAUUAUAAACCACAAGGAAGAUACGGCAGUAUGUGGAUAUGUAGCUGACGGUGGUCGUCAAUCGUAUGCUGGCACAAUUAUCUAUGGAUCGCUGUGUAAUUAUCGCAAUCAUUUUGGAAUCCUUGCUCACCGGGACAGGUCUUGCUCAAUUGCGCGAUCCACCUCGUCUAUUCAAUCGAAUAACAAGCUUCAAUUGCCUUAUUUAUCCCCACGCAUUCCACUGCGUGGCCGACAACGGCUGUAUACCGCCGGAGCGCGUGCACGACGGCAUCAAGGAUUGUCCGGACGGAUCAGACGAAUCAUCCGGCGUCAAUAUCUGUGAUUAUGCACCAUAUUUCCCGGAUUUUCGCUGUUCAGCCUACGCCGACUGUAUCCCGCAGCCGGACGGUUACGCGUGCCGGUGUCGUAGUGGGUAUUUUGGCCCGGGGGAAACCUGUCAGCCCGCGCCGCUCAACAUGCCGCAGUUCGUCACAUCAGCCAAACCACUAAUUAUCCAAACAUGGCGCACCGACACCACCGCUGCCAUGGAUCAUUACAUAAACGCCACUUCUCUGCAUGACUUGGGCACAAACGUACUUGAAAGGACUACACCGCGGCUGCUGGCGCAACCGGAAAACGAAGGUAAUGCCUCGAUAUCAGCCAGUGCUUUGUGGGGCGCUCGUCUUACCAGCCGGCAUCCGUCAAAGGUCACCGUUAGAGAAUACCGCAACAUUGAGGAGUCAGAUUCACCGGCGGCCAGUAGUAAAAAACACACCACAACCGCCGGCCUGAUUCAAAUUGUACCGAGUGCGCGCAUUGUUUGUCGCAGUCGAUCGCUAAUGAUCAAUGAGUCGGGUCAAGUAUGGUGCUUAGGACUAUUCGCCAAUGGCAGCGUGGAUCGUGCCAGCGCUGUUCGACCAUCGACACCACCACAACUGCAAAUCUUAAGCAAUUUACCCGCUAAUUUCAUACCUACUACGCAUGCUAAUUCGCCUGCUAAUGGGACAGGUUGGGUGACAGUGGAGCUCGCCAAUACGACAGAAGCCGGUGUGGAUGAAAAUGCGGCGACUUCCCAGUAUCGACACGUGGCUGAAUUCCUCGAAAAACUGCCCAAAUUUGUUGUGACAACAUCGAAGGAUAAACAACUGGUGAUAAAUACUUCAACGCCGUACUCUGUCAACUACGAGCAAAGUGACGCGAGCAAAUCGAAACUUACGGAUCUACAAGCAUCUCAAGGUUUCAAUGGAGUAACGGAAGACGGCGCGAUGUUCGGUUAUAUGCCAACGCAAUCAACAUCCCGCAAACCGGGAUCGUUGAGCAAUCCAGAGGACCACGUGACGGCCUGGGCACCGGGUAGCAUUAUCACGCCGAUAAAGAUCUGGAACGCCACAGGAGGCGCUCUGAUGGCGUAUAAGAUCACUGCCAACACGACGCUCCCUAUAAGCUGCCUGAAUGCGCCGGUCCGAAUGUUUCUGUGCGCUAAUCGCGGUGCGUGUAUUCGUCCCGAGAAACUCUUGGAUGGACAUGAGGACUGUGGCGAUGGGUCGGAUGAAGUGCCGGAAUUUAUUGAUGAAUGCUCCUUCGCGGUUGACUGGCCGCGCUUUCAGUGCGGUGAUCAUGCUGAUUGUACGGAUACGGCACCGGGAUAUAUUUGCAAGUGCAACGGUGGAUAUUUUUGGGAUGGGAAUACCUGCGUGAUAAUACCAUCAAAUCUCUCCGCGCUGUCACAGAAGGUCAUCGACGAUCUUAUUCGAAUGGAUGGGUUCACCGGAACUCCAGUUAAUGCUGCCAAUGCAUUAAGAGCCAGUUUGAACGCCAGUAAUCUGCCGGCAUCCGUUGAUAUCCUCGUAUACCCCGGAGGCUCAACAUGGAGCGUACGCUCCAGUAAUUCAGGAUUAAGCCCAUUAAGCAAUUACUUGAAUCAAUCAAAUCCCUACGUUGUCCUUCCUAACUGUGAGGACUGCAUUCGUCCUGAGUUUGUAACUCUCGGCCCUACUGAAAACGCUGCGCAACAAUCGGAAGGCCGCGAUCCUAACCGAUCCGUCAGUCGCACGUACAACAGCAGUAAUCACAGCAAUCUGUCCCUGCCAUCUGUGGACGACCGGGUUGACCUUCAACAACGUAAUACGGCAAACCCUAACACCAACGAAUCCAAUGCAGGGGUCUCCCAGUUCCGUCCAGGUGCGACUAUUGCGGGAGUGUUCAGUCCGAGCAGCCAAAUUAAUACCAGAUCAGAUAAAUCCAACACCAGUCAGAUUAACAGCGCACAUAAUGAAAGGUCACCAAACUCGUCGGCUGCAACCAACAAUCAGAAUUCACAAAAAGCGGGAACAAGCAGUGAUCGUGACUGGCAGGCUGUCUUGGAUGCAUUAAGUCGGUUCAAAGCUCAAUCAUCUUCUACCACAAGUAAUCCCAUAGGGAACGUCCCACUGGAUUCUCUCGCAACCAACCAGAUUUUCUCAAACAUUUCCAAUGCGCCAGCAAAGCAGGGUGGCAUUGAAUCCUCGUCAUCGACCAAUCGCACCAACCUUACCCCCUCAGUCACUUCAAGUACUGGCGGAAGACAACAAACUUUAGUAAUUUCUACAUUGCCCACACCGUCGAUAUCGGUAUCUCGGUCAACGAUGUCCACACAGGGAAGGCCACAGAGUGGAAUUGAAAUUGUUACCCCACAGUCUAACGAGCAACAUUUAGACACUACAACAGUAACCGCAUCCCGAUUCAACAUUGCCGGUCUAACCAUUUCAAAUGUACCGCCAUUUUCAUCUGCAAAUUCCUCUGCGGUGAACAGUAACACUACAAUUGCAGACUACAUUAACAGCGUGAUCAAUGGGUCGACUGUCCGAGGUAUGACGUUAACGGGAAUCGGGCUGACUGCCAAUAUUACCGAUGUCACCGACACCACAAUGACCACAUUACCCACCGGGACUACUACGACAUCACGCUAUAGAAAUGGCAGCUUGCCAGAAACAACGCCCUCCACUACAAGCCGUCCCGUGCCACCACAGCCGGACUAUUUCACCAUCUACCGACCUUCGCGACCGACCCUGACCACACUGACACUCCCAACCACGUACACAAAGGAUACGACCGGCACCGAAAUAGACAAUGACACCAUUACAAGUAUCGCUGGUACAUCGCACCCUCUUUCACCGAAUGCAGCCGCAAAUGCAAUCCAGGAAGCCGGUACACCGACAAAGGUCACCAGCAUCCUGGAAUCUAGUACAGUAAAAAGUUCAGCUAGCAAUGUUGCGUCAAACAGUAACACAGUGCGGAUGUCGUCCUUGUCGCCGAUGACGACCGGCGGUGUUCGGAUGAAUGAACCUCUGAUACUACCAGAAACCACAACCGUAGCGCUAGCGAUAGCCGACCAUGGCGGCAGUAAUAAUAACACAAUCAUUCCCGUGUUUUUAAACCUUUCCACGCUGCGACGCAAUGCCAGUAGUAUUUCUUUGGGCAAUAAUACCAGCGGCAAUAAUAAUAAUACUGUUGGUAAUGGUAUUACGCGCGGCAGUAUGACGGAUAUUCACAACUCAGCACGACCAACCGCUCCGAGCUCCCGAUCUGACGAGAUGGAUGCCGGGACCGGCAGUUCUAUGGGAACAACAGUCGCGUUCACCACACUCUCCCCAACAACAAAACCGCCCACGCUUGCCGUAAACACCUCAAGUUCAAACCGUCCGCAAAUAAGCUCGACAAAUUCGUCGCCACCGUCCAUACAGACUAGCACGCUGCCUCCGCAAAUUAAUCCAUUAACCUAUCCAACGGGGGUAUUCUUGAAUUUUCCCACCGGACCACAGCGGACCGUUACCGACAGUCCGGUGGUUGUCAACGAUACCGGCAUCCAAUUUGAAGUCAUGUACCCUUGCUUUCCAGAAUUAUUCAGAAAAGCCUACGCCACUCUGCAGCAAAAUAUUAAGAGCUGUGAUAAGAGCUGCGAUGUCAAUGCAACGGAGCGGUGCAAUAGUGUGGCGGGCCGGUGUGAUUGCCUGGCGGGCUCAACUCGCACGUCUAUUACAGGAAAAUGCCAAGCAUCCGUCCAGUACAGCGUUGGACUAACUAUGGCUGAAUUGUGCGGGAAACCGUUGCUAUUUCAGUCCUACAUGUUUAAUUUCUCAAAUCCCACCACUCAACAGUUAGCGGUCGUUGUGUGCUAUCAAAUGGAGCAGUUACUGAACAAAUCCGGCUUAUCAGCUGGCCAGUAUAGUCCCGGUUCGUGUAACCCCCGCAGCUUUUCCCCCGGAAGUGUGGUGACGAACGUCGGCCUGUCUUUCGUACCUGCACGCGACGAUAACGUUUUGCCAACGGAACUGGCCACGGCGCUGGGUACCGCGCUAAACAACAACCAAGGCGCCGUUGGAGGAGAUGCCGGUGGGCUCAAAGUGCGUCUGGCUCCGCCGGACGCAUCGGGGAGAACUCAAACCUUUUUUCAGCCGCCCUCUGUUGGGGAUAUUAAUGAAUGCGAUAUUAACCAAAUGGCCUGCGGCGUAAAUGCUAAUUGCCAGAACACUUUCGGCGCUUUUACUUGCGUAUGCCGGCCUGGAUACACCGAUACGAAUCCGGCAUUUCCUGGGAGGAAUUGUGUGAAUUCAUCCCUUAUUGCGGCCAGCGUCCCUGUCAACUUAACCAUCAUUACAUGCCCGCCGGAAAAUUUCGUUUUCGCCAAUCUUUGCCUAUAUAAAACGUAUUUCAUAUUACUGAUUAUUGCUAUUAUCCUCGCUUGCCUGCUCGUCCUGUUUCUCCUUGCCUGCAUGAUAUACUGUUGCUGUCGGAAUUGUGGCAAAGAAGAGCAGUACAGCGCACCUGAGGUUGCCUUAAUACGAGCUGCCCAGCGCAGUCCACGGCAGCCCAAUUCGUCCAUUGCCCCUCUACCCGUGGGCGGCUAUCAACAGCUGAAACCGGAAGGCUCUUCUCUGGAUCCCAACGCGCCCCGUCCCGCCCCCUCAGCCAUGGAGCCGGAUCUCGAAAAAGGCUUGAAUGACCGCUCUCGCAUUCUGCCGCAAACUGACAACAUGAGUAGAGAAGUCGAGAACAAGGAGACUAUUCGCGAAGUUGUCACUGAAACCAAAGUUCAGUCGGUCGAUAAAAGCGGCAACGAUGUGGACACCUGGGAAGAAGUGGAGGUACCAACUUUCACAGAGAAGGAAUUAGCGGAAGAAGCAUCCAUGAGGGCGCUUAGCCCUUCGCAGGGAUCAACCUUCUCUCGGACCCAAAAACUUGAAGCAACGGAAGCCGAACGUGUACCAGGAGAACCGAUUACCGAAGAAUCCAACAGUUUUAUGACUAUAUCCGAAACCCAGGUGCGAGAUGAUAUUCCAGAAGCCAGGGUACUGGAUGAUGAUGUACCUAUGCAGAAGACCGAAAUUCAGGAAGGAACAUUACAGCGAACGGAACCGAUGCUGGAAGAAGACCAAAUCCGACCGGUCAAUAAAGACAGCAUUGGCAGUGUCGAGCCGGAAUUACUGCGCACGGAAUACGAGUUGCCGCCGUCUCCUUCCAACUCGGUCAAACAACUGGCGGCUGCUAAAUUAUCAGCACGAAAGUAUCACCUGGAAGCGCAGAGCAGCAUUAGACGCGCCUCCAGUGAAACACGCGAAUGGCUGGCUAUCCCGCGAACGGAGAGUCUGGUUAUGGAAGACGACGGAAUGGAUGUCGAUACACUGCCACAUAGGAGCUACGACAAGGAUCCGCUGUAUAGCAUGAAUUCACCGGUCGCCGGCACGGAUACUCGUUUCGAUGAUAAUGAACUGCGUCGACUAGGUAUGGGAUUCCGGGAUAGCUUCGAUGAUGUUAUGGAGCAGACAUCCCGUUUCUACAAGGAGUCCAGCUCGGACGUGGAGUUCGAACGCGAAGUUGACCUUUCGCAACUAAAAGACAUUGAGGCACAACAGGCAUCGGUAGAUCAGCGGGAGGGCAAGGGCAAAGACGACGAAAGCAGCGAUGACGAUGAUCAAAGCGACCAGAUCACAUCUAUCCAACGCCAGCCGGCCUAUGUUCUGGAACAGCGCGGCAACGUUAGCUCCAUUGAGCCGUUGGAUGAGGAACUGUCAGAUACCGAGCGCAACGGACAAGCCAGUCCGGAAGACCGGCAAAGCCUGAAAUCCAAUGAAGAAGAAGAACUAAAAAACCUGGGGGGAUCGCAAAUGUCGCUGAAGGACCGGAAGCUAACGACAACGGAAGCGGAUGCCCAUGAUGACGUCAUUAAUGAAAUUGUCAAAGUGCAGCCGGCGUUUUAUUCGCGCCAAGCCAGUUCGGACGAGGAAAUGUAUGACACCAAGGAAGAGUUAAAGGAGAAGAUCAUGGCGGAAUCCAUUAAAAUGAAUCUGCCCGAUGGUGGUUUGGACCGUAAGCCUUCCGAAGUUCAACGAGAAAUAGCUAUUAAAGAAUUCGGUGCGCUGGGGGAAAGGGAUAGCAUUGAUGACAUGCUGGAUCGCACGCAGCCGUUCUUCUCGCGCACGAGUACAUUGGACAGCUUCCAGUUGCAGAAGAACGACAGCACAGACGAUGCAACACCAUCCAGUCGGAAGCCAAGUCAAUCCCUUUUGGCCGUGGAUAACAAUGCAUCCUUAGAGCAAAGCCCUCGAAAGCGAUCCUUGUUGAAGAAGCGCAGUGCAUUCCAUUCGCGGGACAGUAUGAACAAAAUUAUGGAGACUACUAGUAUAGCCGAAGAUGGGAUGGGCAGCACCGAAGGCUUGCGAUCCGAAGCUACCACCCCGCAAAACGGAAACGACACGGAGGAAACGGACAAAGUGUUCGCCGACAACGAUGCAUCCGAAACCGUUGUACGCCCGGAUUCGCUGCCGCGUACGAUGGCAAUCGAUGACGAUGACGUGGCUGACUUCUUUGCUAACAAACCUGGCGAUGGUGAAGUGUUCACGGAAACCAUUGUGCGUAGUGACAACGCAGAAAGUGAACCUGCUAGUUCCGGUGUGUUAAUGCGGUCGGAAGCGCUGCCGCGCGGUAACGACACUGGCGAGCAUUUAGCGGAAGCUGUGCGAAAAGAGAGCAUCCAGAGCGAGCACAACUCACCGCGAGAAGAAUUUGUCUACGAGAAUCUGCAACAAGAAACUCGUGUUCGCGACAGCGAGCAAGACGAUUUGAAAGCGGAGGGCAGUGCCAUGAACAAUGAUACCGUUGUGCGAGACGAUCGGGACGAAACCGGCUCGCCGGGAAUCUCUAACCAACCGCUUCUACAGCAGGAAGUUGCAUUGGACGGAAAAUCGGUAUCAGAGCAAAACUUACAAAGGGAUGCACAAUUUUCCAGUCCACCGUUUAUUCCUCAUGACAGUGACUCCGGCGUUUAUGUGGACGCCGGUCUGCUGGAUGGCUCCUCCGCCAGUCGGCGGAAAGCCAACAUUAUGUCGUCGCAGGACGACCUGCAGAUCCUGGAAGGUCAGGAAGCCCGUCGCAAUGGUUCCGGUAGUUCGUACCAGCGACUCUCCCAGUCGGAUGACGAAGAAGAAGUGAUUAAACGCUACAGUGCAGCAUACAAAAAUAAGUUGAAAAAGACAACGAAACGCGUACGACAUAAUUACGAAAUGGGUCCACCGGAAAGCCGGCAUGUGUAUUACAGCAGCCGGCCCAAACGCAUGCCUCCCAACCGGGAAGAGCUGGAUGUGUGGAAGGAUACGACGUGGUGGCGAGUCCAUAGAAAGUAAUACUUUGUACUCGAGGGUGUUGUAGAGUCCUUUAACAGAAUUCGCAUAACCGGUAUAGCGAAUUGCCGCGCUCAAAAUGACUACUGAGUUUCUAAAGUUCAUGCGUUUUAUUCCAUUAUUUGCUUUUAUUUUGUAAGCGAUACACUUGAUCUUUCCUAAUACAGCAAAUACGUAUUUAUUCAUCCCGCUUUGCACCGAACUCCGCGCCGUCCAUAAUUUCUCUUUCCUGCUUCGGCGAUCUCGAAAAUGUUUUCACUUUUCAGCAUCUCGCACCAUUGAUUCUCUUUUUCGCAGCUGUAUACUGCUCGACUGUAAAUUUAGCACCAUGCAGUUCGUGUGUUUUCGAUGUUUUGUUUUUGUUUAGAACCGUGUAUGCAAUAAACUGAAGGAAAGU